CAGCCAUCGUCUAGGCGAGUUGGUGAUUGACUUGCCAGUUCAAUCAACAAUUUGCUUUUCCAUUCAAAAAAGAAAGAAAUGAACCAAAAAAGCUUUACCUUUCCUGCAAGGUAAACCAUCUCGCGUCAGCUUGGCGGCUAGCAAGGGAGAAAAUGGAGGGAAAAGGCUCGAAGAGGCCUAUUAGUAGAAUUUAUAGCCCAAAAUAAAACCCAAUUCAGUAAAGGGAUCACCUGAAACGGGCCCACCAAGGCCCACCUUGAAACCCCUUCCCGCCAUUUACUUGCCCUAAUCCCCUCCCCCUCCCGGCGUUUUCCCGCUCGCGGCCCGGGCGAAACGGAAGCCACCCGCGAUGGAGGACGAGGCGGCGCGCGGCGGCGAGACCUUCGAUCCGGAUCUGAUCCGUGCCAUCUUCAAGCUGGUGUGGAGCCGGCGGGGCGAGAGGGGCGGCGGCGGCGGCGAUGCCGGCGACGAGGUCAUCGAGGUCGAGCCUGCCCCGGAGACAUCAAGGAGGAAUCGUAGUGCCACUGCCAACGCCAGUGCGCUUAAAGUGAGCUGUGAACUUCUACGGAUAUUUGUCACAGAGGCUGUUCAACGUUCUGCUUUUAUUGCCGAAGCAGAGGGCACAACAACUAUUGAACCCACCCAUCUGGAGCGUGUAUUGCCACAACUUCUUUUGGACUUUUGAGGAUACAACUUGUACCAGCUAGUGCUUUUAUUUUGGGGGAGAAAAGCUUGUGGUCAGAUGGAUAGCUAAGGGACCCGAGCAAAAUUCAUACUCGAGAAGCCUGUUAAUGCUAGUACCACUUGCUGUGAAUGCGUAAAAAUGACCUGGGGCAACAACUUCUACUAGGAUCCGUGGAUUUCUGGAUAAUCACUGUACUGCAUCUUUACACUGAUACCUGUGCUGGCAUGUCCUAAAUACCACCUUCUUUGACAGGCACGAUCUUGGUCAUGUCCACACUGCAGAUUGCUUGAUAAUGUUCUACUAGUAUCUAAAUAUAAACAACAGAGGCGUUUGAACGA